AUGCUGAGGCACUUUAUGAGACUUGAUAUUGACAACGAUCUGCUGACGGCAAUGGCAGAGCGAUGGCGCCCCGAGCUGCAUACCUUCCACUUUCCCGAGGGUGAAAUGACAAUCACCCUCAAAGAUGUUGCCAUCCUCACCGGGCUCCCGAUCACCGGAGAUGCCAUCAUCGACAACUCGAGAAAACCGGAAGAUGGUUGGGGGCCAUUGAUUCAACAACGUUUGGGGUUCAACAUGCCGACCACCACGCCCGUCGAAGGGGCUGGGCAUCCACCACUGAAUGCGGGGCAAGUAUCGAUCCCGUGGCUUGUUGACCACAUCCAGUUGGAGGUUAAUAUAGGCCCGGAUACUCCUGAAGAUCAGGUGGAGCGGUAUGCACGUGUCUACCUAAUUGGCUUGGUUGUCCCUAUGAACCCCGAUGCGAGUUUGAUUACUGCGCUCGUAGAGCGGUGGCGACCCGAGACGUCGACCUUCCAUCUACCGUGUGGUGAGAUCACGAUCACGUUAGAGGACGUUGUUACACUGUCCGGUUUGGCGAUCGACGGUGAUGCCGUCGUAGUUGAUAUACCAAAUGAGGAGUGGUCGGCGAUCUGUUUGAGACUGUUAGGACGGGUUCCGGUUGAUCUUGUAGGCGGGGUCGCUGUUGUUAGGAUUGUUUGGCUGAGGGUUGAAUUCAGUCAUCUGCCGGAAGAUGCAUCACAGGAGGUUAUAGAGCAGUUUGCACGAGCUUAUGCUCUAUCUCUGAUUGGAGGUGUACUUUUCCCGGAUCGGUCUGGAUCUACGCGUGAGAUGGGUAGGUCGACUUUGCACAUUACGCAUACCGGCACUUCUCUAGCCGGUGACCUUGGUGGAUGGGUCGCCCUACUGCAGUUCUGGGCGUGGGAGCGAUUCCCACAUUUGGCACCUCGAGAUUCAGAGACGAGGGCACAGGCCACCGAGGAUGCACAUCCACGUGGUCUUCGAUGGCUUUCGGCUAGCAGUCGUCAGUAUGGUGACCAGCUAUUCCAGUACAAGCUGUGGUUUGACGCGAUGGACACCGUGGUGUGGCAACCUUACCGUGAGAGAGCACUUCAUCUCAGAGGUAGUGUGAUACAGUCUGAGACAUUUCGAGCAGUAGUGCCACUUAUCUGCUUUUCAUCGGUGAUGUGGCAUCAUCCAGACCGCGUGCUCCGGCAGUUUGGCAUGAGGCAGCAUGAGCCUCAUCAGCCACAUCCUGAGAGUGAGGUUAGGUUUUUUCUUCGCCAGGCUACUCGUGGGCCAUCGCGUGGGCAGCAGUUGGUACACGCCUCCAGAGAGUCGCUUGAUUUUUGGAACCGUCGACACGAGUUUGUAGCGACAUCUUCAUACACUGAUGAGGAGUUAGCCUACCACUCGGAGCAUAUGGAGUGGUAUAGAGAUGUCACCAGACGUUCCGGCACACGGAGAGGAGCUGUAGCGGAGGCAUUGUACGACACUAUCGAGCAUGCUGAGGUGAGUUUGCAUGACGGUGGGAAGGCUGGAGGGCUGACCCCUAACCAGUGUGAGGACUUGGCCAACUUUAUGGCAUCCGGGGUUGCUACUCUAGGGUUUGAGCAGCGUAGAUACCCUGAUCUCACAGUACCUGUACGGCCCCAUUAUGUGGAGCCUAUCAUGACUGCCUGGCCAGAGCGUACUGAUCCGACACCGGAUUGGGUCGCCCCAGAUCCACAGUUCAGACAGGAGCGUAGGCCACGUAGA